AUGUCUUGCGUCAUCAAAGCAGAAACUGUUGACAACUUUAACUCCAUCAAUAACAUAAUCUCAACAUCUAACAUGUCGACGACCUCAUCACUAUCCUCUUCAAUAACAGAAAAAUCGACAUCGUCUGAAAGCAGCGAUUACAGCUUUAGUAGUUUUUCACCUGAAGACAACCUAUCGCAAGAAUUGUCGGUGUCACUUCAGAACCUGAUAAAUCACGGCGAACAAGAGGGCAUCGAAUUCGUGCCUCAUGAUUCAUUCAUAAACUCCCAUGCAAACACUAUAAACACUAUGACGUUAAUCAACAAUUAUGAAUUUUCACAUUACCCGCCACCUCUUGAAUUCGACGUCUCUCCCUCCGAUGAUCAAAUAUUAUCACCGGAAGAGUUUGAUGCUAUCUUCGAAUCUUUCUUUGCAGCCGCAGACGGUCGUAGCGAUUGUAACAUGAUCUCCCAAGACAUUGAUAACCCCAUGUUUGACUUAUUGGAGUCCGAACAAUUGACUCAGGCUCUUGAAUCCUUUUCAAUAAUUUAA